AUGUACAAUGCCUACCUCUACACGCAACUCAUGCCCCCUGCUGUGCUUGCGUACAUCAACGCAGACCUUGGCCCGGGUGCCAACUACAUCUGGAUCACCAUCAGCUGGAACUUGGCUGCGGCGGUGGUGGUGACAAUCAGCGGCCGCUUGGCCGAUAUCUUUGGUCGUCGCUGGUUUAUGAUCAGCGGAGCUUUCAUCUCGACAGUUGGUGCCAUUGUCGGUGCCACAUCCCAUACCAUCAACGGCAUGAUUGCUAGCGGUUUUCUUUUUGGGCUGGGUGGUGGCGUCCAGGAGAUGGUGUUCUCUUGUCUGCAGGAGAUGGUCCCUAAUAACCGCCGCUUCUUGGCUCUGGGCAUCUACGAGUUUGGUAACCUGCCUGCCAUGUUUGGGCCUAUUAUUGCCUAUGCAUGGAUUGCAUACGUCGGCACCGGCUGGCGCACAUGUUACUAUUGGUGCAUCGCUUGGGAGGGGGUCGCCGUAUUUGCCAUCUUCUUCUUCUACCAUCCGCCGACCUUCCAGACCAAGCACCGUGGCGACCGCGAGACAUGGCUGCACCUACUGGCGGAGCUUGACUAUGUCGGACUUGUUACCUUCACGGCGGGUUGUGUUCUCCUGCUCUUGGCCAUCAGCUGGGGAGGCGUGCUGCACCCCUGGAAGAGCGCCAUUGUCAUCGGGCCGAUUGUCGUGUCGGGCAUGCUGUUUGUGUUUCUCGGCUUCUGGGAGGCUUAUGCGCCGCUCCCACACCCGAUCCUACCACCGCGUCUGUUCCGCAAAACCCGCGAGUUCACUACGGUUCUGUUUGUCAUCUUCGUUGCCGGCAUGCUGUAUUACUCGAACCUUGCCCUCUGGCCUCGCGUGUCUAGUCUUUUGUUUAUUCCGGCCAACGAUACGAUUAAGCGCGGCAUCUACGCCGAGAUUACCAGCUUCAGCACCACCCUCUCGGCCUUUUACGGCAUCAUUGCCAUGCCGUGGCUGGGUCACGAGCGUUGGCAGCUGACGACGCUGACCGUCUUACAGACCACUUUUAUCGGUGCCAUGUCCGGUCUCAGUCUCGACUCCAAAGCCCGAACAAUUGUGUUCACGCUGCUAGCCUCGACCUGCACGUCGAUGUUGACGUUUGGCACCAUCAGUCUCUUUCUCGAUGAUCAAGCUGAUAUUGGUGUCGCUGUUGGCUUGACUAGCACUUCUCGUCUCAUUGGCGGCGCCAUUGCCGGCGCCAUCUACACGUCCAUCUACACAAAUAAGUACAGCACGGGCAUCCCCAUCGUCCUGCAGGAAUACGCCGAUGCCGCUCACUUUAACGGAUCGUUCCCACUUCUGCUCAAGGCUAGCGCCAUUAACACAUCCGGCGCUUAUGCGAAUGUACCUGGUAUCACGGAUGCCGUCAUUGCUGCGGCGGAAAUGGUCGUCAAGGUAGCGUACAUUAACGCGUUCAAAUAUGUGUACUGGUCGGCGCUGGCUUUUGGCGGCGUUUCGAUCUGCUGUGCCCUGGCAACACGCGCCGUUCCCGACGACCGUAAGACGAAGCAGCGUGCCGUGACCAUGGAGAACGAGAAAGGCAUCCGCGGCACAGCUGAGCGGGCAGCCACUUAA